AUGUUUGUGCUGACCCCUAAGGAAAAGAGAUCGAAAUGGGAUCCGAAGGCUCGUGAAGGGCUAUUCAUGGGGUACGAAGAAGUGUCAAAGGCAUAUCGCGUUUACGACAUUGAAGCGGACCAAGUGGUGAUGUCUCGCGAUGUCACAUUCGACGAAUCAACGCUUGGUUUCUCGCCGAUGCUACCACAAGAAAUUGUUGAUGACACUGCGCUGGAUAUCGAAUCGAUGAACAUCAGCGAUGAGCCUCACCCCAUGCAGUUUAAGCAAACUGGAAAACGCAAAAGCCGUUCAAACAGUCAAGAACAAGUUCUACAACGGACACUUCUUGAGCGUCGUGGAACCGGGUUAGAAGAAGCAAGUGCCCCGGAUGACUUUGAUUCGCACCAAGCGAAGCGACGAUCAAGUGCUCGAGACAAUCUGGACGAAGAGCAAAAGGGCAGUGACGAAGAUAACGAGGAUGCUACACCUCAAGUCUUUUGGCGAGCGAGUGCCAAUGCAGUCGAAGGUACUGACUUGUCUGAGCCGACAACGUUUAAAGAUGCUAUGAAACUUCGUGGCGUGUUUCGAGCGACCAAACUGCCAGCUGGACAGCAUACCAUUGGCACCAAGUGGGUAUUCAAGAUCAAACGGAAAGCUGAUGGAUCCAUCGAGAAAUACAAGGCGCGUCUCGUGGCAAAAGGGUUCAAGCAGAAAUAUGGCAUCGACUACACGGAAACGUUUUUGCCGGUAGUCAAGUACGUGAAGCUGCGCAUGGUGGUUGUAAUCACGAAGUACUUUGACUGGACACUGGACCAACUGGACGUGGUAACAGCUUUCCUGUACGGAGAGAUGAAGGAAAAGGUAUUCUGUGCGAUUCCAGAAGGAGUCGAAGUUGAUGAAGACUUUGACUGCUUUGAACUGGUCAAGGCGAUCUACGGACUAAAACAAGCAUCGCGCGUAUGGAACGAGACUUUUCAUGAGCUCGUCUGCUCCAUUAAAUUUCAAGUCUCCGAUUUUGACCCGUGUCUUUAUCUCAAGAUUGCAAGUGGCGAGUGCGUGCUUUUGCUGAUAUACGUCGAUGAUGUGUUGGUGACUGGAAGGUCGACUGAGCCAAUUGUGCGCACCAAGAGUGACUUAAAGGCGCGUUUCGAAAUGACCGACAGCGGCAAGUGCGCAUUCGUGUUGGGCAUCGAGCUGGUGGACAACGACAACGGUAGCGUGACGAUGUGCCAGCGACGCUACGUCGAAGAUGUUCUCAAUCGUUUUGACAUGCGCGACUGCAAAGCCGUCACCAGCCCAACGGACAUCAGUUCUCGACUCAUACCAAGCACCGCAGCAACCAAAAUCGACGCCCCGUUUCGUGAAGCAGUAGGUGCUUUGAUGCACUUGAUGACCGCGACACGACCGGACAUUGCCUUUGCGGUGAGUUACGUUUCGCGCUUCAUGGAAAACCCCCAAGUCGAGCAUUGGAUGGCGGUCAAGUGCAUUCUGCGAUACUUACAAGGGACUAAGUCGCAUGGCAUCUGUUUCAAGUCUGAUGACACGAUAGACUUCUGCGGCUACUCGGAUGCAGACUGGGCCGGCGACCAUGCAGACCGCAAGUCGACUUCGGGAUAUGCGUUCAUCCUGAUGGGUGCUCCGGUGAGCUGGGGAAGCAAAAAGCAGUCAAGUGUGUCGCUGUCAACAAGUGAAGCUGAGUACAUUGCACAAAGUCUGGCGAUUCAAGAAGGCAAGUGGGUGCAUCGAUUGCUGUGCGAGAUUCUGGAUAUAGCAGAGGACAAGUCUGGACCCGAGCUCAAGAUCAUGGAAGACAACCAAUCGUGCGUCAAGAUGACGAAGAAUCCUGUGAACCAUGGUCGGGCCAAGCACAUCGACAUCAAGUACCAUAACAUUCGUGAUGAAGUCAAAGCGUUGUGA